AUGGAUCCCCCCACUGCUUUGGUAGUAGAGCAGGCCAAUGUCUCUGUCCCGGUUCUCGGUAAUGUCCCCGCUUUCCUCAUGAAGCUGUGGACUCUGGUGGAAGAUCCACAGACUGAUGCACUGAUCCGUUGGAGUCCUACUGGAGCCAGUUUUCAUGUUUUCGACCAGGGCCGUUUUUCCAAAGAGGUUUUGCCAAAGUUUUUCAAACACAACAACAUGGCGUCAUUCAUCAGGCAACUUAACAUGUACGGCUUCCGGAAGGUGGUGCACUUGGAGGCUGGAGGUUUGGUGAAGCCAGAACAAGACGACACUGAGUUCCAGCAUCAGUUUUUCAUCAGAGGAAACGAACAGCUGCUGCAGAACAUCAAGAGGAAGGUGACCGCGGUUCCACCCGGGCGCCAGGUUCUCUCUGGGCACCAGGACGACAUCAAAGCCUCUGAUGAAGUGACUAGAAUCCUGAGCGAUGUUCAGAUGAUGAAAGGAAAACAAGAAACUAUCGAUUCCAGGAUCACCACCUUGAAGCAAGAGAACGCUGCCCUCUGGAGGGAGGUGGCCAAUCUGCGACAGAAACACCAUCAACAGCAGAAAGUUGUCACUAAGAUGAUCCAGUUCCUGAUUUCUCUGGUCCAGAACAACCGCAUCAUGGGCGUUAAGAGGAAACUACCUCUGAUGUUGGAUGAUGGGAGCUCUGGUCACUCUCUGCCCAAGUACAGCAGAGGAUACAGCGUCCAGCCUGGCCUGAGCUCUGGACCAAUCAUUUCUGACAUCACAGAUGUGGACACGCCCCUCCAAGAUGACAUCAGCGAGUGGUAUGAACCCAGUGACCCUGUGGAGACCCCUCUAUCACCCACCUCCACCUUCAUCCACUCCAUCCUCCUGGACUCAGCCAAUCAGAGUACAGUUACCUCACAGGCUGUGCCCACUGAAAACACCAAUCAGAGCACAGUAACCACACAAGCUGAGGCCCCGCCCUUCCUUUUGAUGGUCCCUCCGGAUGACCAACCACAGCCCAUUGUCCAGUCUCCCGCCAACCAAUCAACAGCAAGUGUCACAGGGAGCCAGUCACCGCACAAACCAAUUCCCGCCCCCUCGUGUCAGACAGUCGCCUGCAUUGACAAGUCAGAGCUUGUGGAACAUGUGGACUCCAUCGACUUCAGUUUGGAGAAUCUGCAGAAUGUCCUGAACUCACAGAGCUUCUCUUUUGACACCAGCCCCCUGCUGGAGUUCUUCAGUUCUCAGUCUCCUGACUACGACCUGGACUCACUUGACACGCUGCUGUCGGAGCCCAGAGAGGUGAACAGCUUCCCCACAGGGAAACAAAUGGUGCAGUACACGCCCCCUUCUGCACAGGAUCAAAUCACAUCACUUGAGGAUGUCCUGGAGGAGGAGCUACUGGGUUAG